AUGAAACCGAUGAUGGACUUUGGCGCGCUCCAAAUGUUUCAGCUGCAAUUAAUGUGGCAGCCACACCUUAUGCAGAACUUCCUGGCAAUGAUGCAAACUGAUCAGGAGCACAGGCACCAUGAAAAGUUACAACGAUUCAAGGAGAUCACACCUAGCAGCGCUGUGAAUGCUCGAAAAAGGCCUCCGUCGGUGGCCAGCGAGGGAAAGAAGUCAAAGCAUCGGAAACUUGGAGAUGACCCAGUGAAUGCUUCACCCGUCAGCGGGAUGUUCAUCAAGGACGAGUCAGCUGUGCCCUCUGCUGAAGAAUUGCAAAAGGAUGCCGAUUCGCUGGACGAAACGGCUGCCUACGUAGAAGUGUCAGAAGAGAGCCGAAAGAAAAUUGAAGCAAUCGAAAACGUGAUUGGCGAUUGCGUUUGUUGUUUGUGUAAGGUGCGCUACGACGACGUUUUCAAACUAGCCCAACAUCGCUGUCCUCGAAUUGCUCACGAAGAGUAUCGAUGUCCAGAAUGCGAAAAG